AUGCAGGAGGCCAUCCUCUUCCUGCUUCUCCUGGGCGCCCUGUCAGUGGGACAUGCACUACACCUAAUCCACUUACCUGCUACAAGCAACGUGGCAGAGAAUUCUCCACCUGAGACUUCAGUGCACAAGUUUUCUGUGACAUUAUCAGCAUCAUUGUCACCUGUGAUCCCAGGGUUUCCCCUAAUCAACUCAAGUCCCCUCACUGAGGCCUUCAGGGUGAACUGGCUGUCAGACACUGACUUUGAGGUUGUCACCACCGGGAAGGAACAACUAGAUUUUGAAACAGGACCACACAUAUUUGAUUUGCAGAUUUGUGUGAAGGAUGACAUGGGUGUCACUGACCUGCAGGUCCUGACGGUCCAGGUAACAGAUGUGAAUGAGCCGCCUGAGUUUCAAGGCAACUUGGCAACAGGUCUAGACCUCUACAUAGUGGAAGGAGCAAAGCCUGGAUUCAUUUACCAGGUGGAGGCCUUCGAUCCAGAAGACACAAGGCAAAACACACCCCUCGGUUAUUUCCUGAUUUCCCCUUCAAAGAGUUUCAGAAUGUCUGCUAAUGGGACCCUCUUCUCCACAACAGAAUUUGACUUUGAAGCAGGACACAGCAGGUACCAUCUCAUCGUGGAAGUGAAAGAUAGCCAAGGGCUCAGAGCCUCCAUGGAGCUGCAGGUGAACAUUGUGAAUAUCAAUGAUGAGAUCCCUCGCUUUACCAGCCCAACGCACGUGUACAUGAUUCCCGAGGAGCUGGGUCCAGGAGCAAUUGUGGCCAAUAUCACAGCUGAGGACCCUGAUGAUAAAGGUUUUACCAGCUUCCUCUUCUACAGCAUCACUACUGUCAACAGCUAUUUCAUGAUCAAUCAGUUGACUGGGACCAUCCAAGUGGCGCGCAGGAUAGACCGAGAUGCAGGUGAAUUAAGACAAAAUCCUGCCAUAUCUCUGGAGGUUCUGGUGAAGGAUAGACCCUCUGGGGGUCAGGAGAAUCGCAAGCAGAUAACCUUCAUUGUGGAAGACAUUAAUGACAACCCCUCGACAUGUACCAAGUUCACCUUCAGCAUUAUGGUGCCUGAGAGAGCAGCCAAGGGGACGUUGCUUCUGGACCUGAGCAAGUUCUGCUUUGAUGAUGACAGUAAAGCACCAAACAACCAAUUCAACUUCACCACGCCAUCCGGAGUGGGGAGCGGCAGCAGAUUUUUACAGGAUCCAGCUGGCUCUGGGACAAUCGUGUUGAUAGGUGAUCUAGAUUAUGAAAAUUCAAGUAAUCUAGCAGCCGGCAAUAAAUACACUGUGAUAAUCCAGGUGCAGGAUGUUGCCCCUCCUUACUAUAAAAAUAAUAUCUACAUUUAUAUUCUAACAAGCCCAGAAAAUGAGUUUCCUCUUGUCUUUGAUAGCCCAUCCUACAUAUUUGCCGUGUCGGAAUUAAGCCCAUCUAGAACCCGGGUUGGACGGAUGCAAGCGACAGAUAAAGACUUCCCCCAGAGAGGCAUCGUAUACUCCAUCUCCACCGGAGGGGCCAGCCAGCACUACCCAAACAUAUUUUGGAUUAAUCCCCAAACGGGAGAACUCCAGCUGGUGACUAAAGCAGACUACGAGACAACUCCCAUCUAUAUUCUCAGAAUCCAGGCCACCAACGGCGAGGACAGCAGCUCAGUCACUGUGACUGUGAACAUCAUUGAAGAAAAUGAUGAAAAACCAAUCUGUACCCCAAACUCGUACUUCCUGGCCAUCCCAGUGGAUCUGAAAGUUGGCACAAAUAUUUACAAUUUCAAGCUCACGUGUACUGACCUUGAUUCCAGCCCCAGGUCUUUUCGUUACUCCAUUGGCUCAGGGAACAUCAACAGUCAUUUCACCUUCUCUCCUAACGCCGGGUCCAACGUUACAAGCCUGAUCCUCGCGACUCGCUUUGACUAUGCUAGUGGGCUUGAUAAGAUCUGGAACUACAAACUACUUGUCUACAUAACUGAUGACAACUUGCUGUCCGACAGGAAGAGAGCUGCAGCUCUUGUUGAAACAGGCACAGUGACCCUGAGCAUUAGUGUCAUUCCUCACCCAACCGCGACUGUCACCACAACCCCCAGGCCCAGGAUCACCUACCGGAUCCUGAGGAAGAACGUGUAUUCUCCAUCGGCCUGGUAUGUGCCUUUUGUCAUCACUUUGGGCUCCAUGCUGCUCCUGGGUCUCCUGGUGUCCCUGAUCAUCCUAUUGGCCAAAGCCAUCCACAGACACUGUCCCUGCAAGGCUGGGAAGCACAAGAAACCUCUAAAUGAAGAACACAAAGAGAGAGGCGGCGGUGGUGAGGCUGGCUGGCCCCGGGGGCGCCGGGAAACAAUCCAGAUGAACACUGUCUUUGAUGGAGAAGCCGCAGACCCAGUUACUGGGGCAAUAUAUGAAUUCAACACAAAAACUGGAGCCAGAAAGUGGAAAGAUCCCUUAACCCAAAUGCCAAAAUGGAAGGAGUCCAGCCCUCAGGGAGCUGCUCCAAGAAGACCUGUCACUGGGGAAGGGACCGGGCCACUAAGGAGCACCCACAAGGAAGGAGAUGGGCUGAGAAACAAAGCACAGGCCAAGAAUACAGUCCCACGGUCCAGGAACCAGGACAGCAAGCCAAGCACCCCAAAGAACAGAAACUCAGCCCUUAUGGCUCUGCCCUCACCCUAUUCAUUGCUCACGCUGCAGCCUCUGGACGGCACCACAGUGAGGAGGACACCCCUGGACCACAUCGCAGCUGGGAGGGGGUACAUAGCCUCGGAACAUGGCCGUGAGGGCCGUGAGGGCCGCGAGGGCCGCGAGGGCCGCGAGGGCCGCGAGGGCCGCGAGGACCAGGGCGCUCAGGAGGCUCCGCUAGCAGGGCGGUGUGAGUCCUCCGAGCCAAACCCCUCCGCGGCUGGAAGCUCCUCUUGGGCCCUGGGGACCCUGAGACACUAA